ACAGGCAAUGAGGAGCUGUAUGGGGUGAAGCAGGGGCAGAGGGGCCCUGCGGCAGGAGGGGCUCAUAGUUCCCCUCUGUGUAUAGGAGCAGGUCAGUAUGUGCAUUUCUGGGCUGGCAUCUCUGUGAGCUGCGCUGUGUACCCCAAGGACCUGCAAUCAACAAGCACUGGGAGGAGCUUUGUCCAGUGCUCCCCAUUUCAUCUGUGGUCAGCUGGGGUGGAGGCUGCCCUUCCUGCUUCUCCAGUCUCUGAGCAAGUGUGGCCAUACAUCUGAGUCACGAUGGGCAAGAUGGACAACACCUCCGUGGAGCUGAGCUCUCCCUCCGAAGUGAAGGAGGCAGCCCUGGAGGACCCAGAGCCUAUCACUCCUGGGGCUCUGAGCACCAAGAAGAAGAAGGAGAUCCCAGACAGAGGCUCCUGGAAGGGGAAAUUUGACUUCUUGCUGUCCUGUGUGGGCUAUGCUAUUGGACUGGGUAAUGUGUGGCGCUUCCCAUAUCUCUGUGGCAAGAAUGGAGGAGGGGCUUUCCUCAUUCCCUAUUUCCUGACUCUGGUGUUUGCUGGAAUUCCUCUCUUCUUGCUGGAAACCGCUCUGGGCCAGUAUACCUCUGUCGGAGGACUGGGAGUAUGGAAAUUAGCACCCAUGUUUAAAGGAGUGGGGCUGGCAGCUGUGGUCCUCUCCUUCUGGCUGAACAUCUACUACAUUGUCAUCAUUGCAUGGGCUCUCUACUAUCUCUUCAACUCUUUUACCACGGACCUGCCAUGGCAGAGCUGCGGGAAUGCCUGGAACACUGACCGCUGCUUCUCCAACUACUCCCUGAGUGACACGACCAACCUCACCAGCGCCGUCACCGAGUUCUGGGAGAGGAACAUGCACCAGAUGUCCGGGGGCCUGGGGGAGCCCGGCACUCUCCGCUGGCCCCUGGCUGGCACACUGGCUUUGGCCUGGCUGCUGGUCUACUUCUCCAUCUGGAAAGGCGUGGAGUGGACGGGCAAGGUUGUGUAUUUCUCGGCCACCUACCCCUAUUUCAUGCUCUUCAUCCUCUUCUUCCGGGGAGUCACGUUGCCAGGAGCCAAGGAGGGGAUCCUCUUCUACCUCACACCUGACUUCAGAAAGCUCACCGACUCUGAGGUCUGGAUGGAUGCAGCCACGCAGAUCUUCUUCUCUUAUGGCCUGGGGCUGGGGUCCCUGAUUGCACUGGGGAGCUACAACACUUUCCACAACAAUGUCUACAGAGACUCUAUUAUUGUCUGCUGUAUAAACUCGACCACAAGCAUAUUUGCUGGAUUUGUUAUUUUCUCUAUUGUUGGCUUCAUGUCGCACAUUACGAAGAAGUCGAUCUCCGAACUGGCCUCCUCAGGCCCUGGACUGGCUUUCCUCGCCUACCCACAGGUUGUCACACAGCUGCCUCUAUCCCCACUCUGGUCGAUUCUCUUCUUCUCCAUGCUGAUGAUGUUGGGUCUGGAUAGUCAGUUCUGUACUGUGGAAGGGUUCAUUACAGCCCUGAUGGAUGAGUAUCCUCAUCUCCUGAGAGCCAGGAAGAAGAUCUUCAUUGCAGUAGUCUGUUUCAUCUCCUAUCUCAUCGGAUUCUCCAACAUCACCCAGGGUGGCAUUUAUGUCUUCAAGUUGUUUGACUAUUAUUCAGCCAGUGGCAUGUGUCUUCUCUUUCUUGUCUUCUUUGAGACCAUCUCAAUUUCUUGGUGUUAUGGUGUGAACAGAUUUUACAGGAACAUUGAAGAAAUGAUUGGCUAUAAACCUUGCAUCUGGUGGAAGAUCUGCUGGGCCUUCUUCACUCCUGUUGUCUGCCUGGGCGUGUUCUUCUUCAGUGUGGUGGAAAUGACUCCUCUGACACUGGGAAAAUACAUCUAUCCUGCAUGGGGACAAGGAAUUGGUUGGCUCAUGGCUCUAUCCUCCAUGGUACUGAUUCCAGGAUACAUGCUGUACUGUUUCUUCACCUCAACGGGGACUCUCCGACAGCGCUUGCAGCAGAUGACACAACCCAAGCCAGAGGUGCAUGCUCAGAACAACGGCCUCCAGCUGAAGAAGUCCUUGAACGGGAGGGUCUUGGAUGCCGCCGUCUAGGAGGAGAGCCCGCACCUCCUCGCCCUGCCCUGUAGCUGCUCACGCCACAUUGUUCCUCGAGCUCCUCCGGCACAGUUCACUGUCCCCAGCUCCAUGGUGGCUUUCACUUGUUGAAGAGAGGACCUGGUGGAGGAACCUCUCACAUUUCUUCCUACCAGCCCGGCUUACCGAGGCUCUGCCUGAGCUGUCACCAGGGCAUCGUGCAGUGACCGUCUUCAUCAUGCAACAUCCUGGUCCAGGCUCUCAGUGAGGAGUGGCUGGUGCCCAGGUCUUCCUCAUUCUGACAAGAGGUGAUGUUUCUGGAGAGCUUAUACUGAUUGCUGACCACUUCUCUCUUCUUCUUCUUCUUUUUUUUUACCUUUCCGCGUGAACUUCUGCAGAGUAUCCUGUAGCGCACAGCCAUGCUGUUACCCCAGAGAGCCAGCUGACACCAGGUUCAAAUCCCACAUGGUUGUCAAUUGAUCUACCUUAAACCAACACUAGCAAGUACGCAUCUGGAGGGGAUGUGGCAGAACAAGGCAUUCCAAUGAGAAGUCCAGCAUGCUGGCAGCUGUUGGAUACCUCCCCAAAUCCACCGCAUCCAUCCAGGCUGGCACUGUGAGCCAGAGCCUAGUAAAGUAGGCAGCCUUUUUCUUCUUGAGCAUCCUGCCCUCUGCAGUCCUGCUCAGAGGGCCACUCCCUGACCCUGGCAUGUAGCUAAGAGAGUAAGUUGAGGGCCGUGUGCUAAAGGCUGUCUCAAUCUCCUGCACUGACCAUGCUCUGCUCCAAUCUGCUUUGUGCAGAGGCAAGAGGUGUGCUGUGUGAUAGGGAGACUGUCCAGUACGGUGCAAAUCUCUCCCGCCCCCAAGUGGAGCAGGGCAGGUCCUGCCAAACAUGCUCCCUGGCUUUCCCCCAGGAUGUGAAGUGGUAAGACGUAACAUGGUGCCCACAAGUGGUUUAGCUUAUACCUUUUCCUGGGGAAGUGACAACCCCUAAAUCCUAACUAGCAGAAGGCAGGAGUGACUUCUGGAGGUGGAAGGACGUAGCCACCAUGCUUAAAACCACCCCCAUGAACCAGUGCUGACUUCCCUUGAGAAGUGGCUGCACACCCAGCUGCUGGCACUGGCAUAUCCCAGCUCCUAGCACACACAACAUGGCGGGGCUGCGAGCUGCUGUAGAUGAUGCUGGAGGAGUAUAUAACAGCUUGGAGGAGCCUGGGAGGUGUUUCAGAGCAGUCCUAAAGCAGCAGCAUAUUUUUGUUUUAUAAAGCCUUGGGAAAGGAGGUGGCUUAUCAUAACACCAUGUGCAGGUGUGACAUUGAUGCUCCUGUUUGUGACAGUCUUCCAAUGACCCCAUGAGGAGGUGCCUAUGUACUCAGCGCUUUCAUAAGCACUUGUCAUACGUGUGCACUCAUAGUGUGGCUCAGUGCAAAUUAGUCUCUCUCCUCCCUUGGCACCCUGACAGAAUUGCCAGGUCUUCUGGUCUUCUUUCUGCCAGGUCUGCUGGCCUUCUUCCCACCAGCUUGCACUCCCAGGCUCAGCUCAAGUCAUUAAAUUCAUAAAUGACUGUCCAAGGAAACAUUUGUCCUACCCAGGCUGUAGAGCUGUGACAUGUUGCAGGUUGGCCCCAUGCUACCCAACUCUGGGACCAGACUGUGCAUGUGCCCACCUCCUGUUCUGCUGGUCUCCCAGCCUAAGGAUUAGUAGCAUAAAGUGGAAAGAAGUCAUCUAGUUACUAAAGCUGAAGUCGGUCACUUUUGGGGGUUGGUUCUCCUGCCAGUUCACCAACGUAUCUUGAUUAUCAUUGCUUUAGAUGUGUAACCAAGUUGUGUUUGUGCUCAUAGUGUGUUCUGUGUCCUGGCUCUUAGGCGUCAUGGCUGCCCAGCAUUGAGUGCAUGUUUUGCAGUCUCCGACACCACGAGCUUAGGUCACGCUCUGUCCUGCAUCUCAUCGUUAGUGUGUUUACGUCAAAAAAAUUGCAGCUAUUAAAUAGACACAAGGAAACACUUGAUCAUGUAAAGCCGAAAGCCAAACACUGAAAGCUGCAAUCAUAGUUUGUCACAAUUAAUCUCAGCCAGUUACAGACGUGUCAUCUUUCCUUGUCCUGUGACUGCCAGCGCUAGUAUAGCUGGAAUUUUCUAUUCUACUUUCACCUGCUUUUAUAAACAGAGAAUAAAGGGAACCACUCUUUAUAUACAUGUAUGCCCUUUGAGAGGAACAUCUGUGUUGAAAACAGAUGUUAACCUCUGAUGUUUGUUGUAAUGAACUUUACUAGAAACCUACUUUUGUCUGGACACCAAGGUCAUGUAACCUCCUUCCCCUAAAAUGCAGACUGAGAGUUGUGUAGGUCUCAGAGUUGUGAUAGGCAAAAGAUUCAGUUCUUGAGCAAGGCCAUAAAACAUGGAAGAUCCUGAUUUUUUCAUCUUCAUUGAGGCAGAUCAUGUCUAAGGUAAAACAAAUCAGUGUUAUGCUCAUUUUUUAAACCCUUGGCCAAAAAUAUUGUUUUCUAGGAGGGUUGUUCAAAGGGUUAUACCAUCCAGGUUGUUCCAGGGGAGUGGAAAAAGAAGGGUUGAAAAAAACAAAGUCCCUUUUGCUGAGAUUUUGGUCCCAGUAAUUCUCUGACUUGUGUGUGGUAGGUGCAGAACAUCACUUCAGGGGCACUCCAGUAGCAUCAGGGGCAACUGGGCACAGACUCUGCUUAUAAUAACAAUAUUUGAUGAGAUUUACCAUUUGCCUAGUUUUCUCUCUUUAACCUUCUCCUCUGCUUUCCCUCCUGCCCUGCUUCUUUUUGUUCACUUACGUCACUCCUUCCCCGCUCUCAUACAUCCAGUGGAAAUUAGCUACCUCAACUUGCCUCUUCCUGUUUUUUCCCUUCCACUACUGUCAAACUACAGCUCUCCCUCCCUUCUCUUCUCCUUUCUGUUCUUUUCUUUCUCUCUGUAUUGUUAUCAGCCUCACUUCCCUGCUUCUCUCAUAUGCUGUUCUUCCACCCUUAUUACUUAUUCCUGCAUGCUGGGGCUCAGCUGUUCACUGUGCACGUGAUCAGCCCUUCUACCUGCUGAAAGCUGGAGCUCAGGACCCUGUAGAGGAGGCCAGCUUUUUGCAGGAUCUGGUCCCUAAGAACAAAUUUCCAUCCCAGUAUCAAAAUUAUAAUGAAGUUCAGGCUCUCUUCUCUUCUUCUUCUUCUCACCAGAAAGCACUGUGCCAAGAAAUGCUAUCUCUUCAUAUUACUAGAAGAGGCAUUUCAACCCGAAUUCCACCAGUCUCUGCAGAGCUGUGCCUGUUCUGAAAGACUUUGGGGCUUUUCCUGGUUUUGCACUAUUUAUUUCCACAAUGAAUAUUCUGAUCUGCAAAGCCUGGCAUUCACAGACUUGCAGGGAGGAGUUUGCCCUUAGAAAAGCUCUAUCUGAUUAAACUGAUCCCCUUCCCCAGCAUUUCAAAUUCAUCCCAUCCUUAGUGCUAGAAGAGCCUUCCCAACUCCAUUGCAUGCAGGUUUCCUGUCUAGUGAGAAGAUAGGGACUGGAACAGCGCCGUGAGCUCAUUCCAUGCCUCAGAAAUGCCAUUGUGGGCAGGUCUAAUGUUGAGUUUGUGAUUUCAGGCUUCAAAUACCAGGUGAAAGGCAUGUGCUGUGCUCAGUGCCAGUGACUCCUUUGUAAGAGGUGGUUUUGUGGUUUCUCCAUGGCCCAUCACUUCUGGUGACUAUACCUCCACUCCCCACUCCUUUUGGCUCACCCACGAGAGAGGAUAGGUGCUCUCCUCUCCCCUAGGCUGAGGUUCAGAAGGGGUUCCUGCUCCCUUGUGCUCACCUACAGUGCUCCUGCCUUUAUUCUGUCCCCUGGACUCCCCAGCACAAGUCAGCCUCUCCCUCCUGCCAUGGGCAGUUGCUUGAAAUAAUCCCCCGUGAAACCUCUUAAUUCUAAGGAGCUAUUUAGGGAGCUGUGCUCAAAUCCCUCUGAAAUCCUCUUUUUCCUGAGGGCUGUGAAAAAUAAAAUAAAUGCCAUUGACCCCACCCUCUGCUUUAGCAGCAGGGCUGAGGGUAGCAAUGGGAAAGUCAGGAUUGCUUUGCUGUCGCUCAAGUGCUGCUUCCCCUGGAGGUGUGGAUGUGACGGAGUUCUUCCUGCUGCUGUUCUCCCAGAUGUGCUCCAACAGCUGGGAGCUGGUUGUACAAACACAUAUGCAAUGUCUACAUUAUGAUACUGAUGCCGUGUGGCACUGUAAGGCUUUGGCUAGCCGAACACUGCAUAGCUUGUAAUGUCUCCACAAUUCUAUUAAAUGAUGUG